AUGACCAAUCUCUUUCCUAGACUGGAAGACCAUGAUGAUCUCAUGCCAAUCUUGGCACAUCACAGCAAAACUCUGAAAGAAAUCUAUGGUGACUAUUUCCUUGUUGACCUCUUAGAAACUCAAGAUGAGGAAAAUCAGGCUGUUGUUGGUGAGGAUGGUGGCAUUGCAGUGGGAUUCAUGAGUUUAUGCUCCACAGUAAAUAUUUCCUUGCUUCAUGAGUGCUUUGAUUUAGGACCCUUCCACGGGCUCUGUAAACCACAUCCUGAUGAUAUUCUGAAGAUGCCACUGGAACCAAACUUUCAAGAAGGUGAAGAUGAAAGCAAGCAAGAAAGUCAAGAAGCAGAUUCCGCUUCUUCUCAAAACUUUGAAUGUAUUAGUGAUGAAGAUGCAGCUAUUCAGAAGGAUGGAGGGAAUGCUGUUUCCCAUACUGAACUGCCAUCAGAUGAUGUCAGUGGCAAAGAUUUUAAAUUUGCAGCAACACCUGUCUCUGAGACUGAAGAAGACGAUGCUUUUCGACCCGUGUACAGAGGCACUUUCAAUGCUUUCUGUAUUCGUCUGUUUUGUAUGGACAAGCAACAUGAAAGUAGAUCACUGGAUUUAUUGCAUUAUGCUUUCCAGCUUUUUCCAGACAAAGACUUCUGCAUCAUCGUUGUGCCCCAUCUCACACCUGAGUUCCAUCUGAUCAAGAGUUUCGUUCGAGUUGUCCCGUUCUGUACUUCCACGUUCAAUCAUGAGCUUUACCUGUUCCACCGUGCUGGAUUGCUCAAGUGAGUCAUGUGCCUUGUGGCAACAAAUACUCUCUAA